GCGGAGACGUCUCUGUUCUCCCUGCAUGUCUUUUCUUCUGCCUGCAGCCAUCUCCUGUAAUAUGUUUUUUUCUCUAGUUUCCAUCAAACCUGCAUGAAAGUGAAUGGACUUCAUUAGUGAAGGAAAGAUUUUUGCUAUUUGUCUUCUGUGAACCAGCCAUGAGCUCCAGUCUGGUCAACUCGUUAGCCAGGGUUUACGAUCCAAACCCUCUCCAUGGUCAGAAACCCGGUGGACGGAAGUCCUCUUUUAACGGGUACCAAGCUUCUUCAUCUUCCUCUUCUCAUGAUGCCGCCCUGCACUGCAUGGAGAGCCGCAUGGACUCCCUGAGCUCUCAGAUGGAGCGCUUGCUCAACAUGCAGCAAACUGUCUUGACCCGGCUGGACAGUCUGUCCCAGGAUGUCAGGGGCAUGGGUCAGGAUCUGGCCUCCAUGCGUGAAGAGGGCCACGGCGGAAGGCGGGAGUCAGGGGUGGAGGUAACGUGCAGGGAGCUGCAUGGCGCAGUGGAGAGGGCCAGCGAGCGGAUUGAGAGUCAUGGACACCGGCUGGACGGGGUGGAGAAGCUGGUGGAGGGCACCCAGCAGGUGAUCAACUUCAUCGGGGAGGUGGUGAAGAACUCCAGGCUGGUGGAGCUGCUCUUCAAACAGCCUGGAAACAAUGCAAGCAAGAAGGCAAAGGAUGAGAAGGAUAAAGCCAAACUGAGCCAGAAGGGUCUGAAGGCCCAGAAGAAGAGGAAGCCCCAAGAUUCGUCAGAUUCAGUCGCCCUGAACGAGCCUGUGCUGCAGGAACAGGUGGAAAAGCUCAACAGGCAGAACGCUGAGCAUUCUCAUGUGAACGCAGAGGCUGAGGCCCAGAGAGGAGACGACAGAGGCAUCGGAGGAAGACGACAGGAGCCGGGGGAGCUGAUCCUGGAUGGACCUCACACCUCGGCCUCACAGUCAGGGGAGAGGCAGACGACCACUGAGGGGAGAGAGGAGGAAGAGGAGGGGGAGGAGGAUGUCUUUGAGGACUCCGAGCCGGGAGACGAAGAGGAAAAGGGAGAAAACGCUAGAGCAGAACCAGCUGGGAAAGUGGAGGAUGAUGGGAAGAAAAGGCACAAAGGAGACGCAGAGGAGUCAGAAAAGGCCCCGAGUGUCAUCGCAGACAUUUGCAAGAAGCCUCUCGUACAACAGGAGAGCUCUGAGGAGGUCGGGGAUGUGGCCACCUGCAGCAAGCGCCGCGUCACGGAGGAAGACCUGGUGAAGGACGACCUCAAAAAGAGUAAGGUGGAAAACGCAGACGGAGAGGCGGCGGUGGAGAAGGGCGAGCAGCAGGAAGUCAAAUCAGACGAAGCAAAGCCGGAGCAGGAAGAGGAGGCGAAAGACUCGGAGCGGACAGUGGAAGAAUUCAUUAUCGACUCCAGUCCUCCGCCGUUGGCCCCGUUCGAACAUUGCAUCGUGACGCCCAAACCCCAUCAGAUAGGCACCUAUUACACCAUCAACAGGGAUGAAGUCCUGGGAGGGGGACGUUUCGGACAGGUCCACAAGUGCACAGAGAACUCGUCGGGUCUGACAUUGGCCGCCAAGAUCAUCAAAGCGAGGAGCCAGAAAGAGAAGGAGGUGGUCAGGAACGAGAUCCAGGUGAUGAACCAGCUGAACCACGCCAACCUCAUCCAGCUGUACGCCGCCUUCGAGUCACGCCACGACAUCAUCCUGGUCAUGGAAUAUGUGGAGGGGGGGGAGCUGUUCGACCGCAUCAUCGACGAGAACUACAACCUGACGGAGCUGGACACGGUGCUGUUCAUACGGCAGAUCUGUGAGGGACUGCAGUACAUGCACAAGAUGUACAUCCUGCACCUCGACCUCAAGCCAGAGAACAUUCUCUGUGUGAGCAGAGCCACUAACAAGAUAAAGAUCAUUGACUUCGGUCUGGCCCGGAGGUAUAAACCCAGGGAGAAGCUCAAGGUCAACUUUGGAACGCCGGAAUUCUUGGCCCCUGAAGUCAUCAACUACGAGUUUGUUUCAUUUCCCACCGACAUGUGGAGCCUGGGUGUCAUCACAUACAUGCUAUGA